AUCUUCUUAUCCGACCGUUUUCUGGCCCCACAUACAAUAGCUGGGGUUUUAUUAUAGAGGAGAUUCUAGGGGCAUGUUCGAUCCACGAUGGAGCCCAAAAGAUCAAUGGUCUGGAUUGUCGAAUAAUGGGGCCCACUUGCACAAACUGAAAUCUAACUAGUGCUUUCUCCUUCCCGCCCCGUUCUUUCUGUCUAUAGAGGUUCUCGAAAUGAGCAGAAGACCAUCUCCAACGGUCUGAAACUUCCGCACGCGCUCGAGACGAAAAUGGCGGGAGAUGAUCUUCCAAGUCGAACCCUUGUCUCUCCAACCGCAACAAAACCCUAGCUUUCUCCAACAGAUCCUCAUUUCCUUAUAUGCUAAAAUCUCGCAGUCUCCUUCUCCUCCGGCAAAACCCUAACCCCUCACCUCACCUGUCCUUUCAAUACCGCCGUUGGGUCCCGUCGUUCCUUCAUCGGCAUCGUCGAUCCUCAUCCGGCCUCAGUUCUUCUAUGGCUUCUUCGAAAAUCGUUGUCGAGUACGCAAAAUCCAGCCGUUCUUCCUGCAAGAAGUGUUCGAAAUCGAUUCCUGCAGAUUCUCUGAGGCUGGGCCUGGUCAGCAGAGACCCUCGAGGGUUCGAUUCUACGAAAUGGCAUCAUUUGGAUUGCUUUCCGAGGGAAUCUCAACCGAUCGUUUCCGUGGAGAAAAUCAAGGGUUUCGAUUCUCUGAAGAAUUGCGAUCAGGAGGCAUUAAAGAAGUUGGAGGAAGGAGGGGAUUUGUCUCCCAAAGAGGCAUGUGAUGCUGGUGAAGCUGGGAUUGAUGGUAGUGAGGAAAGGAGUUCAAAAGAAACGAAGGUUCAUAAAAUAGAUGAAGCCGUGAAAGAUAAUCUCAAGGAUGGGAAUUCUAAGAAACCAAAGUUGUCUGCCUCUAACAAUGGAGCUGAGCUGGAGAUAGUUUUCUCUACCUCUGAUGUCAAGAACAAGUACAAGGAUGCUACACUUCUACCAACAUGGAAGGCUUUCCAAACAAUUAUCUUUCUUGAACGGGAUGAAGGGCUUCAUGAUUCAGGAAAAAUUGCUGCAUUUGAUUUUGAUGGGUGUCUCGUUAAUACAUCUGUUAAAAGAGUUGGUGCGGAUGCUUGGUCUCUUAUGUAUCCUUCAAUACCAGAGAAGCUGCAAAGCUUAUACAACGAUGGCUAUAAACUGGUAAUCUUCACUAAUGAAUCCAACAUUGAGCGCUGGAAGAAUAAAAGACAGCAAGCUGUUGACUCCAAAAUCGGACGUCUCAACAAUUUCAUCAAGUGUGUCAAAGUCCCAAUCCAGGUUUUUAUUGCUUGCGGGUUAGGGAAAACUAAGGGUCAAGGUGAUGAUCCAUUUCGCAAACCGAAGCCUGGAAUGUGGAGAAUAAUGGAGCAAAAUUUCAACUCUGGCAUUGCAAUUGAUAUGGAUCAAUCUUUUUAUGUUGGUGAUGCAGCUGGGAGAGUCAAUGAUCAUAGUGAUGCAGAUAUUAAAUUUGCUCAGGCUGUUGGCUUGAAAUUUCAUCUUCCUGAGGAAUAUUUUGGCGCUUAAAGACUUCCUGACCAUUAACCUCUGGUAAAUGUUCACAUCUGAUUCCUUUUGGAAUUCAAAUUGUAUAGUUGUAGCCAGUAAGAGGAACCAUGCAUGCAGCAGAUUGUGAUAGAUGGGUUAGGUUAUGUAUGAGGAAGUCUGGCAUUAUCUGAAGCUUGCAGAAGUCAAUUAAUCACUACCCUCUGAAAUCACUAUGCAGAUUGAAUAUUUUGGCCGAAUGGAUGGAAUGGAUGCAUGCAGUGUAUGCUCUCUUGCUUUUUUGCCCUAAAUCGACAUGUUGUGUUUAUCAGGCAGGACCUGAAAUGUACUGGAUAUUGAGUUGGAUAUUAAAAACAUCAAAUCCAAGCAGAGAAUUGUUUGA